CUGGACCUUCUGUGCCUUCACCAUUUGACUUCUAGCCCUAGACACAUACAAAUAUUCCGAACGUCGACGGCGUACGCCAUUUCCUCCGGCGAACAACCACUCUACUGAAGCCACCUCUUCAAUCAUGACUUUUGCAUCUCAUAUCAUCCGUCACUCUAAACAGCUGAAAAAUGCUCAGGGCUUGCUAAAGCAGGAUCAUGCCAUUCUGGUUCGGUGGUUUUCGCAUAGUACUCGUUCGAUCUCUAACAAGGGUGAUGAUGUGUCGAAGCUCCACCAGAUUAACAAUUUUCCUGGACAGAAUAUUUGUGUAUGCAAGUCUUGCAGUGGAUUCAUGUCAAGUACACCCAUAUUCACUCGAAGUUAUAGGGCAGCGAAUCCCACAAAGGUGCAAAAUGGACUUGCUGUUAGAACAGAAGGAACUUCAGUUAGUGGCAUGGUGUUUAGUAGAGGAAUUUCAUGCAAUAACGCACAACUUGGGAGAAGAUUUUCAACAAAUUCAGGCCUUCCCCCACACCAAGAGCUCGGGAUGCCUUCUCUUUCACCUACAAUGACAGAGGGAAACAUAGCACGGUGGUUAAAGAAAGAAGGGGAUCAAGUUGCACCUGGUGAAGUACUCUGUGAAGUUGAAACAGAUAAAGCCACUGUGGAAAUGGAAUGUAUGGAGGAAGGAUAUCUAGCAAAGAUAAUACAUGGAGAUGGAGCAAAAGAAAUUAAAGUUGGUGAGGUGAUUGCGAUAACUGUCGAAGAUAAGGAUGAUAUUGAAAAAUUUAAAGAUUACAAACCCCAGGCAUCGGAUGCUGCCUCUCCUGAAGCGCCCCCUGCACCUACUCCUGCGAAAGAAGAUGUGGUUGAGAAGCCAAUCAGCCCACCAGAACCAAAAGCUGCAAAACCCAGUGCAGCUCCUGAAACGGACCGCGUUUUUGCCAGUCCUCUUGCAAGAAAAUUGGCUGAAGAUCACAACGUAUCUCUCUCAAGUAUUAAAGGUACAGGUCCUGAUGGAAGCAUCGUGAAGGCUGACAUUGAAGAAUAUUUAGCUUCUGGUGCGAAAGCUCCUUCAGCUGCAACCUCAAAGGCUGAUAAAGCAACAGUUUCUGCUAUAAAUUACAGCGAUAUUCCACAUUCUCAGAUAAGAAAGAUCACUGCUUCACGCUUGUUGCUCUCGAAGCAAACCAUUCCUCAUUAUUAUCUUACAGUAGAUACGUGUGUCGACAAACUUACAAAAUUGCGUGCAGAACUCAAUUCAAUACAAGAAGCUUCAGGAGGGAAGAAGAUUUCCAUUAAUGAUCUUGUGAUUAAGGCUGCAGCUUUGGCUCUUCGCAAAGUUCCUCAGUGUAACAGUUCAUGGACUAACGACUAUAUUCGUCAGUUUCAUGACGUACACAUCAAUGUGGCAGUGCAGACGGAUAAUGGGCUUUAUGUCCCUGUCGUAAGGGAUGCUGAUAAAAAAGGGUUGUCUAAAAUUUCCGAGGAUGUUAAGAUUUUAGCUCAGAAAGCUAGAGAAAACAGCUUAAAACCAGAUGAUUAUGAGGGAGGUACAUUCACUGUUUCAAAUCUAGGAGGGCCAUUCGGGAUUAAGCAGUUCUGUGCCAUCAUAAAUCCUCCCCAGGCAGGCAUUCUAGCAGUUGGGUCUGCCGAGAGGAGGGUUAUACCUGGUUCAGGCGCUGUGGAAUUUAAGUUUGCAUCGUUCAUGCCCGUCACAUUGAGUUGUGAUCAUCGUGUGAUUGAUGGUGCUAUCGGUGCAGAAUGGCUAAAAGCAUUCAAAGGCUACAUCGAGAACCCAGAGACAAUGUUGCUUUGAAGACCAUAAUAUUUCCUUUUAUUUCUUUGUUUCCUUCCUCUAUUGCUUCUUUUUUCCAAUUAUCCACAUAUUUCUUGUUCGAGAAUAAGCAAAAAAAAAGAGAAAAAGAAGAGGCCGUCGAGCUUUGAGGCAUGAAAACGUGAACUCAAUUUUGCUCGUGUAUUGUAGAGUUGCUUACCAGAUUUCUCUCUAUUAGUGUACGGGAAACAAUUGUAGACGGUCCUUAUACUCGCAUGUAACCUAAAUAAACUCGUCUCUUGUUUUAAUUUGUUUCAAUUAUUCUCACCCGAUAGCAAAGUCGGUGUAAAACCAGUAUUAAUAUAUACCAACUGUAAUGAGUUAGUGUGUCAAUU